AUGGCCGACAAUGUAGACGAAGAGCUGGCCGAGUUGCCAGAGACGCCGCUACCGAAGCUGCAGCUGUUCAUCCUCGUCCUCAUGCGAAUCACCGAACCCAUUGCCUUCACCUGCAUAUUCCCCUUCAUCAACGAUCAGUGUGCUUCCGUUUUACCGCAUGUCCCUCGCGCCCAGAUCGGCUUCUAUAGCGGUCUGAUCGAGUCGUGCUUUGCCAUCUCCCAGGUCUUUGUCGUCCUUCUUUGGGGCCGUGCCAGCGAUUAUUAUGGCCGGAAACCGAUCCUUCUCAUUGGUCUUGCGGGCGUAGCGCUGAGCAUGAAUGCAUUCGGCCUGUCUCGUACUUUUCACGGCAUGGUCCUGUCCCGCUGCAUCGCCGGGCUUUCCAACGGUAACAUUGGUGUGCUAAAAGCGAUCUUGGCCGAAAUAACGGAUAAGACCAACCAGACGAGUGCAUUUGCACUAAUCCCCUUGGCCUAUGCUAUUGGUGGCAUUUUGGGACCGGCUAUUGGAGGCACCCUGUCCGAUCCGCUGGGAGUGGUCAAUAGCGACUCCACGCUGCCCAAGAAUGAUCGUCGUUUCCUGGCGAGAUACCCUUUCUUCCUUCCAUGCGUCGUCGCGAGCAUGUUUAACAUUUUCGCUAUCUUGCUCGGCGCCUGCUUUCUCCCAGAGACCCUCCCACGCCACGAGCGCAAGGUUCGCAGGCAGCAGCAAACCUCAGCAUCCCAAGAUGGGAGUGCCAUCGAAGCUGGCGAUAGCCUAGAGGCUGCAGCCCUCGCAGAGGUAAGCGAACGGAGAGCAGCUCCGCUGCUCACGCUGAUCACGAAGCAGGUUUUCAGCGUCAUCAGCUCGCAGAUGCUUCUGAACCUGCUCAAUGUUUCGUAUGCGGCUCUCCUGCCGCUCUUCUGCUACACACAUGUUACUGACGGAGGAAUCGGAUUCAAGCGGACGGACAUUGGGAGCAUCAUGGGCGCAAACGGGGUGCUCUCCAUCUUCAUGCAGCUUUUGCUCCUACCCUGGCUCAUGAAGCGCGUCGGCGGCCCGCUGCAUCUCUUCCGCAUUGUCGUGCCCUUCUUCGCGCUCGUCUUCCUCUGCUUCCCCUUCGCGCAGCAGCAAGCCGCGUGGGGAUUCACACCCGGCGUCUGGGCUGCGCUGGGACUGAUGGUCGUGCUCAAGACAGUGGCAAACACUUCGCUUGUCUGCGUCACGCUGCUCGUCAACAACAAUGCACCUUCACGUGCGGCCCUGGGCACCGUCAAUGGUCUGUCCUCCAUGUGCGGCUCGGCAGCCAGAGCCAUGGGGCCCGCGAGCGCUACAUCCCUCUUUGCAUACUCGGCUGCUCAUGGACUGCGAUGGCUCGUCUGGAUCGCUGGUUCGACCCUGGCGCUCACCGCGUGGGCCCUCACAUUCCGCAUUCGCCCUGCUGCACCUGCAUUAUAAACCUCCAUCUGCGUAUUACUGUUGUAAUCUUUUGAUAUAGAAACGG